UCCUUUUAUGAUCUGGACCCUAGUCCGAAGGGUACCUGCUUUAAGCUUCCUGCCUUAAAAAGAGCACGUUCCCCUCCGCCGUCAGCUGGCAGCGCGGUGGAAUUUCUCCCAGAAGAAAGGGCUCUGAUCAGAGGCCUCGGGAGGCUCCGCCGCCGCCGCCGCCGCCGCCGCCGCCGCUUACCUGUCAGUGUGCGCGCUCCUUUGUCUCCUCGGGUGGGAGUGGCGAGGGAUUGCAUCAUUUAUGGAAAGCCUGAGGAAGGGGCCUUGGGCACAGAGAGGUCUAGAAUCCGUCCUUGGAACUGAGAAGCCAAGAGAUGCCUCCCAGUGUGUUGCAGGGAGAGACAAAGAUAGCCUGUUCACAGCCUGAAGGGCUCUGCAGUGUGCGUGUACCAGCUGCCUCCAGGCCAACUACACGUGUGAAACAGAUGGGGCCUGCAUGGUUUCCAUUUUCAACCUGGAUGGGAUGGAGCACCACGUGCGCACCUGCAUCCCCAAAGUGGAGCUGGUCCCCGCUGGGAAGCCCUUCUACUGUCUGAGCUCUGAGGAUCUCCGCAACACCCACUGCUGCUAUACUGACUUCUGUAACAAGAUCGACCUGAGGGUGCCCAGUGGUCACCUCAAGGAGUCUGAGCACCCUUCCAUGUGGGGCCCCGUGGAGCUGGUAGGCAUUAUUGCUGGCCCAGUGUUCCUCCUGUUUCUCAUCAUCAUCAUUGUUUUCCUUGUCAUUAACUAUCAUCAGCGUGUCUAUCACAACCGCCAGAGACUGGACAUGGAAGAUCCCUCGUGUGAGAUGUGUCUCUCCAAAGACAAGACGCUCCAGGAUCUUGUCUACGAUCUCUCCACAUCAGGGUCUGGCUCAGGGUUGCCCCUGUUCGUCCAGCGCACAGUGGCCCGAACCAUCGUUUUACAGGAGAUUAUUGGCAAGGGCCGAUUUGGGGAAGUGUGGCGUGGCCGCUGGAGGGGUGGUGAUGUGGCUGUGAAGAUUUUCUCUUCUCGUGAAGAACGGUCUUGGUUCCGGGAAGCAGAGAUAUACCAGACGGUCAUGCUGCGCCACGAAAACAUCCUUGGAUUCAUUGCUGCUGACAAUAAAGAUAAUGGCACCUGGACACAGCUGUGGCUCGUCUCAGACUACCAUGAGCAUGGCUCCUUGUUUGAUUAUCUUAACCGAUACACGGUGACGAUCGAGGGGAUGAUUAAGCUGGCCCUGUCUGCGGCUAGCGGGCUAGCACACCUGCACAUGGAGAUCGUGGGUACCCAAGGGAAGCCUGGAAUUGCUCAUCGAGACUUAAAAUCCAAGAACAUCCUGGUGAAGAAAAAUGGCAUGUGCGCCAUAGCAGACCUGGGCCUGGCCGUCCGCCAUGAUGCGGUCACUGACACCAUUGACAUUGCCCCAAAUCAGAGGGUGGGAACCAAACGAUACAUGGCCCCCGAAGUGCUCGAUGAAACCAUUAACAUGAAGCACUUUGACUCCUUCAAAUGUGCUGAUAUCUAUGCCCUCGGGCUCGUAUACUGGGAGAUUGCUCGGAGAUGCAAUUCCGGAGGAGUCCAUGAAGAAUAUCAGCUGCCAUAUUACGACUUAGUGCCCUCUGACCCUUCCAUUGAGGAAAUGCGGAAGGUCGUGUGUGACCAGAAGCUACGUCCCAACAUCCCCAACUGGUGGCAGAGCUAUGAGGCGCUGCGGGUGAUGGGGAAGAUGAUGCGAGAGUGCUGGUACGCCAACGGCGCGGCCCGCCUGACCGCCCUGCGCAUUAAGAAGACCCUGUCUCAGCUCAGCGUGCAGGAGGAUGUGAAGAUCUAAGCCUCGCCCUCCCUGCACGCGCCCGGGCAGCGGGAGCUACGCGCAGCUGCCGUGCGGGGCGUCCGAUGGAGGCCUACCUCUCGUUUCUGCCCAGCCCUCUGUGGCCAGGAGCCCUGGCCCGAAAGAGGGACCGAGCCCGGGAGACUCCGUCACUCCCACGUUGGGUUUGAGACACAGACACCUUUUAUAUUUACCUCCUAACGGCAUGGAGACUCUGAGAGCGGACAGUGUGGAGAACUCGAUGCCACACCUCAGACUGGCUGUGGUGGGAAGUCCCCGGAGCCGGCGCGUCUGGCGGGUGGUCAGGAGUGCGGCAGGCAGCCUGGGGGCACCCAGGAGAAGCCAGCGUCGCCGGUGCCGCCGCCCGCCCGGGCCCAGUGCGGAGCAGCACUGAGGGUUUUCCUCCAGGGACCAACCCAAGCACUCCGAGGUGGAGGUGGCCGGAGGCGCCGCCGGGCGGCCCCCUCGCCCAGGCAGCUCUGGGCCCCGCGCCCCUCCUGCCGCCGCGGACACCUGGAGGGACGGCCAGCCGAGACGGGGUCUGCCGCCUGUCUGUCCAGCCGUGUGUGCAUGUGCCAAGGUGCGUCCCCUGUUGUGCCUGGUCCGUGCCACGCCCUUACACGUGUGUGUGUGUACGUGUGUGUCUGUAGGUGCGCACUUACCUGCUUGAGCUUUCUGUGCAUGUGCAGGUCGGGGGUGUGGCCGUCAUGCCGUCUGCGUGCUGGUGCCUCUGUGCAGUAGUGAGCAGCGUCCAGUUUUCCCUGGUGCCCUUCCCAGAGGUCUCCCUCCUGGCCCACCCCCCACCCCCACCCCACCCCCACCCCCACCCCCACCCCCGCGGUGGGACUCCUUUCCCAGCAGGCUGCUCCACCCACCCCUGUGUCAGCGCCUCUAUUUCAGACCGUGGAACCAAAGCUGGCCCCGUUGUCCAUGUCCGGCGAGGCUUUUGGGUCCAAGUGUGAGGCGGGGGUGGGCAGGGAAAGAAUCUGAGUGGAAGUCUCGGGUGUUGUGAUCAGCCGCAACCGUGGGAAAUGAGCCAGCCCAAGGGCAUCGUCCUCAACGGCAUCAAGGGAGGGCGGAGGGCUUUGAAGCCCAGAUCCUGGGACUCCGAUUGGAAUGUCACAUCUGUCUUUCAUAUCCCAGAUUCUGGAAACAGCAGUGUACAUUUUUGGUGGUGAUGGGUUUAGGGUGGGGAGGGGAAG